UCAGUUCGUCAAACAACUCUAGCAACAAAUCAACUCAAACUUAACCUUCGUACAAUCAUUUCAAUUACACCCAAUUAAAAGUUGUUUUGUUUGAUAUUCAUUAAAAAUAAAAACAAGUUUUAUUUUAUUUUGUUUAAUAAAAUAUUGUGGUAUUUUUAUCAAUAAUUUGGAGCUUAAUUUUGAUUGAAUUCUAAAGGAAUUUACGAUGUGGCUGUAUGCGUUGGUGGCACUUCAAUGUGCCGUGGUGAUUGUUACCGCAAGCCCAGACCCACAAUCAACAAGUUUUGUCUUUUUAAACCAUGAUGACAAAACCAGAUCAUCUCUGUUUAAUCAUCCUUAUGAUGUUGGAUAUAAUUCUCUGAGUGCUGAAAGUAGUGAGGAACAAUUUUUGGGACAACCUAACUUUGACAGUUUCUUUGGACCCACUGCUGCUCCCCCUGUACAAACCACUACUGUGGACCCAAUCACUUUAGGUUGUGGUACCCCACCAGCUUCCUGCCCCAAAACACGUUAUCGUUCCUAUGAUGGUUCUUGCAACAAUCUUAAAAAACCCAGUCUUGGUACCCCAAACACUCCCUAUGUUCGUUUACUACCUGCUCAAUAUGCUGAUGGUAUUAGCACACCAACCGAAUCUAAGAGUGGUAAACCUUUGCCUCCAGCUAGAGUUGUUAGUUUAGUGAUGUACCCGGAUGUCCCAUUGGAAGAUCCAAAAUGGACGCUUGCUGCUAUGCAGUAUGGUCAGAUUAUUACUCAUGAUAUGAGUAUGAUUGCUGGCAGUACCCAAGCUCAACCUCAUCAAACACGUUGUUGUACCGAUGAUGGACAACUCCUUGAACUCGCCAACUCACCAGAUCAUUGUUUCCCACUGUUGGUUCCCAAUGAUGACCCUGCCCAUUCUCAAACAAAUACUAAAUGUAUCAAUUUCGUGCGUACCAUCACUACUCAGGAUAGAAGAUGUGUUUCUCCUUACACUCCAGCUGAACAGUUGACUGCAGUAAACCAUUUCUUGGAUCUUUCCAUCGUUUACGGUAACAAUAAUGACAUGGCUCGUCAACUUCGCGAACAACGUGGAGGACGUAUGCGUGUGGAUGUCCGUAAUGGAAAACAAUGGCCACCACGUGCCACCAACACCUCCGGAUGUGCUAUUCAAUCAGCUCAAGAGGCUUGCUACAUGGCUGGUGAUAGUCGCGUCAACCAAAACCCUCAACUAACUCUUCUACAAAUCGUUCUCCUACGUGAACAUAACCGUAUUGCUGAUGCUCUUUCUACGCUCAAUCCUCAUUGGAAUGAUGAGACUAUCUUCCAAGAAGCCCGUCGUAUAGCCAUUGCUGAACAUCAGCAUAUCUCAUACUAUGAAUGGCUCCCGAUUUUCAUUGGUUUGGAAAACUCUUUGAAGAACAGAAUCUUAUACGAUACUAAAGGACAAGUUGAUGAUUACCAAGAAACUGUUGAUCCUACCAUUAUCAAUGAGCAUUCUACUGCCGCUUUCAGAUAUUUCCAUUCUGCUAUCGCUGGACGUCUUGAUCUUGUUACUGAACAUCGUCAUUCUUAUGGCAAUCUGCGCCUUAGCGACUGGUUGUUGCGCCCAAGCGUCCUUGAACAAGGAAAUAACUUUGAUGACUUGUCUCGUGGGUUAUCUACGCAACCGGAAAUGGACAAUGAUCAAUUCCACGACAGUGAGAUCACACAAUUCUUAUUCAGAGGAAAUGCCCCAUUCGGUACAGAUCUUAAAGCUCUUGAUGUACAACGUAAUCGUGAUCAUGGUCUGGCUUCGUACAACGAUAUGCGUCAAUUCUGCGGAUUGCCAAAGGCCCACACAUUCGAUGAUUUCUCUGAUGUCAUCUCCAAGGAUAAUGUAGCUAAACUGAGUCAAUUGUAUGGAUCACCCGAUGAUGUGGAUCUAACUGUUGGUGGAUCAUUGGAAGCGCACGUACCUGGAACCCUGGCUGGUCCCACUUUCCUCUGCAUCCUUACAGAGCAAUUCUUUAGAACACGUGCUGGUGAUCGCUUCUGGUAUGAACACAGCGAGCAUGUUAACGGUUUCACUCCAGGACAAUUGGCUGAACUUAGGAAAGCUAGUAUUUCUCGUCUGUUGUGCGAUAACUCUCACCACGUCAAGGCUAUGCAACCUAAAGGUUUCGAAAGAAUUUCCCACAGCAACAAUGUUGUUCCAUGCGAUGCUUUGCCAGCUGUUGAUCUUUCUAUGUGGAAGGACUUUGCCAGUCCAGCGCACGCAGCCCCGUUGCCAUCAGAUUACCACUCUCACCCGUUCUUGUUCAAGAAAUAAGCAUUACCUUAGUACCCCCACAUGCCAAUCAUGGUUACUUCGAUGCCAACGCAUACAGAACACUAGUAAAAUUUAAUUCCGAAGUAACCAGAGACUACGAGCUAAGUAACUUAAGCAAACAACCAUAAAAAACGUAAGACAGUAAGACGACGAAGAAUUAAGAAGUACCUAAAGUUAAGAUAACUUAUAUAUUAAUAUGUAAGAAAUACGCAAGUUGGCAAAAUGUUUGAAUCUAAUCUAAUUUUGAGAAUUUAAGCGAAAAUUUAUUGAUUUAUAGUUUAUUUUUGUAUUUUUUGAUAAAAAGAAAGAAAUUUAUUUUUUAUAAAAUUAUCGUAGGUAAAUGAAACAGUUGAGGUGCUUAUUUUUGUAUAAACCACAAAGAA